AUCCCCUCAUACGUCCAGCCCGUCCGAUUGUGCAGGUUCAGUCUUUCCCGGUACACCUUGCUCCGCAAAGCUUAAUUCGGAACCAAUACUAUGGCCGACGUGCACAUCGAAGCAGCCGCCGUCCCAAUCAACCUUGAGGCUUCCUCUUCACCAUCCUCCUUCGGAGGCGGACUACGCCGAUCAGCAUCGACGAGCUCUCUUCCUCGUUCAGCGGCUUCCUCAUAUUCGGCCUCACCACAUCUAUCUGCAUCACCGAGUCAGGCUUUGUUGAGUGGGAGUGGCAAUAAGAGACCGGAGGGAUAUUUUGAUUCAUAUAUGGCGGGGGAGGAGGAGUCGUACUUUCCUCAGUAUGAGUAUGCUGCGGGUGGUUCAUCACAGACGACGGCAGAGGUGACGAAGGGUAACAACCGGGGGCUGCAGCCUACACCGACUAUCUUCUAUACAUCGCCGUCACCAAAGGCGGAAUCACCAGUUGAUGAACGUACGCGACCGAUCACGCCAGAGUCAACCACUUCGACUGCGCCGACGUUUGGUUCAGACCACCCAACCCCAACAUCAGACGUCUCCGACCACCACUCCGUCGCCUCCGAAAUCAUACUCUCCCUCUCCAACGACGACAUGUCCAUCCGCAACGAACCCAUCCGCCACGUCGACUACCUCUCCCACGACUGGGAAGAAUCCGACAUCUGGAAAUCCUGGGCCUACGUCUCCAAAGAAAAGAACGAAUAUCAAAACGGUGCGCGUUUGGAGAACGCUUCGUGGAGGACGUGGGCAAAGACGCGGUAUAAGUUGAGUACGGUUAGUCCGGCUACGUUGAAUUGGUUGAAGGAUUGUGAUGUUACGUGGCUUUAUGGACCGCUUCAGCCGGCGAAUUCGAGUGCGAUGAAGAGUUUGAGUGCGCCGGUUACGCCUACGGUGGGUAACUCGGCUCCUACGACGCCGGCGACGGAGUUUCCUUCUUCGCUUCCCAACCCUGGCAUCAUCUCGCCGCCGCCGAGACCGAGCUUGAACUCGCCUGGGUCAUAUGUGAGCAGCAAGAAACCGAUCCUGAAGAAACGGAGUAUGAGCGAGUUGAUGCUCUCCCAAGGCGCACGAAACUUGAUUUCGACCGCCGCAUCUCAGGUCCAGAAACAAAAGGAACAGCAGAAACGUCAGUUUCAGAAACUUGAGAUGCCCCCCACUCGACCAAUUCUGAUGCAUACCGCUUCUGACUCGAGGGUGUAUACGUCGUCCUCGAGUGACAGCGAACGGGUUGAGUCGCCGAGGAGUGCACAUAGUGAGGCUAAUACUCCGGGUAUUGAGAGGAGACGACACAUCCAUUUCAAUGAUUGGGUGGAGCAGUGCAUCGCCGUUGAGACACCCGAUGAAUCUGACGUGGACGAGGACGAUGAAGAUAGUGAGGAAGAUGAGGAGAGCGAUGAGGAUGGUGGUCUCGUCAUCAAUGUUGGUGCUGGAGGACCAGGGGGUGCGCAAGCGAUGGAUAGGAAGAAGAAUGAGAGUUCGGGGGGUAGUACCUCGAGUGGAGGACGACCACGUCCGACGCGGGGCCGCACGCAUUCGAGUAUUCGGUUGGAGCAUACGCAUACCAUCGCUCCACUGCCUCCCACCUCACUCAAGAGCGACGAUGAUGGUGCGGCGAGUCCACACCCCCUCUCGCACUCCCUCCCGCAGAAGAAGAUCCCUGUUACGCCGAGGUAUGAGGCGACGCCGACUGGGUCGGGUCAGACUAGCCCGGGUGAUACGGGGAGGACGCCAUGGGUUCCUGGUGGGGGUGGGGUGUUUGAUCUGGAGGAUGAGGAUGAUGAGGAAGAUGAUAUUCUUGCCUGGCGGAACAGGAUGAACGCCAACAAUACCUCUCAGUCAUCGACACCGAGAGCUCAGGUUCCGCCAUCUGUGCCGAAGAAUGCUGCCAAUGUCACCAGCCCAGUCAAGUCCGCAGUGCCGAAGCCCGCGCCGAGCAUUGGUGUGGAGACUGCUGCCGCCGUCGCUGCUGAGCCCGCAUCAUCGUCCAACAAUGGAGGUGGUUUGCAGAGGAGUUCGAGCAGCCAGUAUUUGAGGAGUUAUAUGAAGGGCUCAUCGAGUACGAAUUUGGCUGCGCAGGGAAGACAAACGGCACAGUCUCACUCCAAGCACUCGAGCAAGAGCAGGAGUAAGAAUAUGGAUGUUGGACAUGCUCUUCAGGCUUCACAGAAUACGGGUGAGGCGGCUAGUCCGGCGAGCGUUUCUCCCGCUGCGAGCCCAAGUCCUGUUCCGUCGCCUUCGCCUGCUGAGGCGCAAGGUUCGGGGUCGGGAUCGGGAACAGGAUCUGGGUAUGCAUCGAGUGAUGAUAGUAUGUUUGGCAAGGGCGUUACCCUUGUUGGGGCGGCGAAGGAUAUCGUCGGUUCAUUGUGGGUCGCCUUCGCCUGCUGAGGCGCAAGGUUCGGGGUCGGGAUCGGGAACAGGAUCUGGGUAUGCAUCGAGUGAUG